AUGAGCACACAAAAUCGCACCGCUCAUCGCGGUGGAAAAAACUCUAAAUUAGAUUCUGUUCCUUUGACCAAAUCACAGAAAAAUGAUUCCAAGAUGGAUACAAAUAAAAUUUUGGACAACCCAAAAGCUCAACCUACUGCAGAGCAAAUGCGCAUUGCACAAAUCAUUGACAGAAGAACAGAUGACAGUAAACUGAAAGAAAAAAUAAAACAGAUAAUGGAUGCAACCAGAAAGACUGAAGAUGAAGUAAUCACAGCUCUCCAUGAUUGCGAUAAUGAUUUAGAUAGUGCAGUAAACAUGCUUUUGGAGGGUGAAGCACAAGGCGAAUGGGAAACGUCUGGGAAAAAGAAAAAAAAUCGACAAACAAAUAACAUGAAAAAUGCCGAUGCAACCAAUAAUAAAAAUGCAGGAGAGGAUGAUCUUGAGGAAGAGACUCCAGCACCUGCUACCAACACUGAAAGGGAGAGGUCACGAAACAGAGGAGGUGGUCCACCACGUUUAAGAGGAAGAGGUGGAAAUGAAAACAGAAAUUGGCGAGGACGAGAAAAUAAAGAAAAUGAACAAAACAAUGAAGAAGGAUACAACCGAAACAGAGGAGAUGGAGGAUUUAGACGAGGUGGGCGAGGAAUGUCUAAUGGUCCCGGAGGGCGAUCAGGAAGAGGUGGUAGAAGUGGAGGGCGAUUAGGUCCAAGAACUUUCCAAAGUAGAGAUAAAUCUGGCGCUGGUAGCUUUCCACGUUCAAUUGAAACUUGGAAUAAUCCACCUGGACCUGAUGCGUCCGGGGAAAACAAUCUCAAAAUGGAAAAUUGGGGUGACGACUUUACGCCCGAAGAUUGGGAUAACGAAGAGUACACAGGGUCUUUGGCUGAUAGUAAGGUAUUUACCCCGAGUGGUGGUAUAGAAACUUCUGUAGUUGCUCCUGAACCUCUGCAAGACUCUUCUAAUCAAGAAAUUUUAAUGUCAAAUACAGCUCAAGAAUAUCACCAAACUGGUCAGCUGCCUCCUAGUCCGCUGCCUGUUGGGGUCGGGACAUUAAAUGCGGCCCAAACACAAUAUCUUAGCCAAUUAACUGCCCAAUCAGAGAAUCUCAAAUCAGCUGUCGGAAUCGGUGCAGGAAACGCAGGUUUUGGUCAAAAUACAAACAAUACAUAUGGGCCAAAUGCACCUUCUUCCUACGGCCAGACCGAUCCCUUAAAAUCAGUUGGAAGCUCCGUUUCUUAUAAUCAAUCAUCGGGGGGAAAUACUUACCAGUCUUCAGCUACUUCCUACGGUCCGUCCUCGGCGAAUAAUUCUUCCUAUGGGCCUUCAGGAACAGGAAGCACCGCUUACGGUCAAACAACUGGCUACGGUCAAUCUGGACAAAGUUCAUAUGGUACUGGCUCUGCUUCAAGUUCUUACGGGCAAACGUCUAGUAAUUAUGGACAGAGCGCAACGAAUUAUGGGCAGCAAUCUCAAAGCGGAUAUGGGCAAUCCCAAACAUCUGCAUUCCAAAGCCAACAAAACGCUAAUACUUAUGGCCAAACUGGAUCCGGUAUGUCUAAUGCUACCACUUAUCAAAGUGGUGGGUCUGGAAAUGCUUAUUCGGGUACUAACGCAUCUACGAAUGCUUAUCAAAAUUCAGGCACUAGUGCCAAUUUAUAUCAAUCAGCCGGUUCAGGUAGUGGUGGUUCAUACCCAACUCCUGGCACCGUAAACAAUUCGGGAACAACUUCAGGGGUUUAUCCUGGCACCGGAUCACAAGGAGCCUCUUACCCUAAUCCUGCAUCUCAGAACGUAAAUUACCAGGGUACGACGGUUAGUGGUAGUAAUUAUUCCGGAGGUUCAGGUGCUGGCCCAGGAGGAAGUAAUUCUUAUCAAAGUGGGUCCGCUUCUUUCCAUUCUGGUAGUCAACCUUCCGUUUUCACAUCUCAAAAUUACAAUAAUUCCGCCGUAAACACUUAUGGUAGCCAACUACCUGAUGGUUCUGUUGCAGGAAGUGACUCGGUACCUUCUCAACCUCCUAGAACCAAAACUCAAAGGGCGCGUGUUCCACCACCUUCCAAGAUACCUCAAAGUGCUGUAGAAAUGCCUGAUGAUUCUAUUAAUGCAAGUAUUAGUUUUCUCGACGUCCAGUUUGGUGGUUUGGAGUUUGGAAGUGAAGGCUCAGCGUUUGACGGAUCUGGGCCUGCAACGUCUGUUGCAACUCCUGCAGAAACUACUUCUACUCCUACUACCUCGGAUACGCAAAAUGCAUCAUUAGAUGGUUAUUCUGCUACAAAUAGCUCAUCCGUAAAAAAUAGUCAAGCGACACUAGUGGGAGCACUCGCGGCUAAGUCAGUGCUUACAAGCAAUGAUGCAUUAGGUAUGCAAUCAUCUUCUGAUCACAAAACGGGUUACAGCACACCAUCUUCUCGUGUGGCUAGUUCAAACAGUGGUUUAGAUUUAUCGAAAUCCGACGUAGGAUUAUCUUAUUCAGCACCCAGUUCGGUCAAUUAUCAAUCAUACCAAAGUCAAAAAACAAAUUCAACUGGAUCCGGUGUUUAUCAACAAACCGGGUAUUCCACGACAAAUUUCACUUCGUCAACCCCUCAAGUUACUUCGUCCACGUCUUAUUCAUCGAAUCAAAGCCAGCCGAACAAUUAUAAUAAUCAAUCUACGGCAAACAAUUCAUUUUCUAGUAAUUCUUACUCCCAAGCUUCAAACGCCGGCGUCGUUAAUUACCCAAAUAGUGUGAAUACUUAUCCAUCGUCUAAUUCAUUUCCAAAUUCAAAUCAACCUUACCAAAGUUCUGGUCAGUCGGUUUACGGCUCAGCUCUUUCAUCGGGAUACACUUCCACUAAUCAGUAUCAGAAUAGCUACGGUAAUUCUACAACUUCUCAAAAUAAGUUAAAUUCAGCUUUAAGUAGUUCUACAAAAGAUUCUCCGGAAUAUGCCGCCUCAACUACAGUAGCAAGUUUAACAAGUACCACUAAUAGCGGUUUAAGUAAUGCUACUCUUACAUGUGUUGCACAAACGGUUGUUACUACUUCAACUAAAGUUUCUAGUGCUACGACAAAGAGUAGUGUUAUAGCCAAUAUUCCUCCUGGUGUACCGCCUAUUAUGGGAACACAUCAGUAUAUCAUGAGUCAAGGGGGGAUGCCAUAUUUUCAAACUCCAAUGUAUAGUUUUGAAGAGCUUCAGCUCUUGCAACAAAGGAUACCACACAUGGCAACAGGGUACUACGACAUGGCGUAUCAAGCCCCAACGAGCCUCGCUACAGGCCGUGAUAGCAUGGGAAGCGUAGCCUACACCAUGUCAGAUGCGAGGUACACGAGAGGAGAUAAUAAUGCUUCACCCGUGCCUUCCACGUUAUCUCAACAGACGGCGACCCAACCUCACCAGCAACCGAUGAUGAAUCAUCCGUCUCUACCUCCUGGUUAUGCGUAUUUUUACGGUGCUGCAGGCAUGAUGCCGGGUAGUUUUCAGUAUGGAACUCCGGCUUUGUAUCCGCUUCCGGCAGCAACGAACGCUCACGGAAGCACUACAAGUCAAUACCCGAAACCCGGAAGCUAUUCGGCUUACGGAUCAGGUUACGAGGGAUUGUCGCAAACUCAAGACUACACGAAAUCAGCUUACGUUUCUACCAUGUCGGCAAACCAGGCGCAAUCUAAAAGCGGAGUUGGUGUCACUUCCGGGUCGUCAGCAUCCAGUACAUCUGAUCUCAAUGCGUCCAUGUACGGGAAGUCUCAUACGGCUUUAGGCAAAGUUAAUUCAUACGAGAAACAAGGAUUUCACUCUGGCACUCCUCCACCUUACAACUUAAUAGGAAAUCAAAACGCCGGAAUGGCUCAUAGUGGUGCUUACGGACCUCAACUCUUCAUUCCCACAUUGGCUCCGCAUCAAUCGCACCACAGUGCUACCACGCUUUUACAUCAGCCACUUCAUCAGGAUUCUGGAAGCAGUAGCGGACCUCGGACUCAAUCAUCGGCUCAAGCCAACAAAACGGGAAACAAGCAGAAUUACAAUGCAUACUGGCCACAAACAAUGAAUUGA